AUGAAUUCACCCUUAAGGUCACCAAUUUUAAGAGGUGAUGAUACUCAUAUUGAUUCCCAGCUCGUACACGAUGCUUCGGAAAUCAUUGAUAUCAUUCAUGAACGUGAAACUAGAAAUUUUAGAUUAGGUGUGGUUUUGAUAGUUGUAGCAGUAUUAACAUGGAUCAUUGGAUUAGAAUUAGUCAAUUCUGUAUUGAAAGAUGAUAGUUAUCAGAAACCUAUGAUGUUUGCCUUGAUAACUGGUUCAUGUUUCAGUCUCAAUCUUAUUCCUGACAUCAUCAACUUCUUCAAACCUAAAGAAAUCAUUCCUCAAGAGAAAUUUGACAAUGAUCCUUUACCUUUAAAUAAGGUUGAAGUGUUUUGGUUGAGUUUCCAAAUAGCUGUUAUUUACUUAGUUUAUAACAUUUGUGCAUUAUCAGGAUUAAAAUACACUUCAGCAUCCAAUCAAACGGUGUUAUCAUCAACCACAUCAAUCUUCACAUUAUUUAUUGGCUAUUUCUUGAAUACUGAUGCUUUCACUUUGAAAAAGAUUAUAUGUACAUUAGUAAGUUUUUCAGGAGUAUUAUUGGUGAAUUUCAGUGAAACCAAAUCAUUUAAUGGCGACAAUGAUAAUAAAUUCAUACCCAAAAACCCUAAAUUAGGUAACAUGUUAAGUGUGAUGGGAGCUUUAAUGUAUGCAUUUUACUUGAUUAUCAUGAAAGUCAAACUUGGGAAUGCUAAUAGAACAACCAAUGAAACCAGAUUGUUUGGAUUUAUGGGUUUGAUCACUAUUGUAUUAUCAGGACCAGUUUUAUUCAUCCUUGACUAUUAUGGAAUCGAGAAAUUCCAGUUCCCUCCUCCAAAUAAUACAGUUUUAUUGGUGGUGGUUGCCAAUGGAGUUCUUUCUUAUGUAAGUGAUUUUGUUACCAUUCUAGCUUCUUUAUUAACAUCCCCUUUGAUCACUUCCUUGUCAUUAACAUCAUCCAUUCCAAUCACCAUUUUCAUUGAUCUCAUCAUUUUACAUAUUACUGGAGGAAAAUCUAACGGAUCAAAGAAUCUUUUACUUUACAUUUCAGGCAUUGUUAGUAUCCUAGUUUCAGUGGUAUUAAUCAACCUCAAUUCUACCACAGAAUUAGAGUUGAUCGAACAAAGUAUUGAUAAAACUUUGGAUGAAGCUAUUAGAAACGAUGAGAUGUUAUCACCAGUUUUAUCACCAAUUUUAUCAUCCAGACCUCAUUCUAGGUUCUCAUCUCCUUUGUUACCUACUAGAAGAGAUCCUAUUCACAAACCUUCUAAGUUAAAUCUCGAAGGUGAUCAAUUGAUCAAUAGAAAUCAUUCCCAUUUAUAUACCGUUCCUAAUGAAGAAGAGGACGAUAGCCCUCAAAUGAUUGUUUAUGGUGGUAAUAAUCACGUCUACCAUGUUAAACAUAUUGAUGAUAAUUAG